GCAGUCGCGAGGCGGGGCGGGGCAGUGACUGGGGACCCUGACUUGUCUCGCGGUUACUGGGCGAGCGUGAGCGCGCGAGGCUCGGGGAUGGUGCGGGGCGGAGCCUAGUCCGAGUGGGCGCUGUAGGUUUCAGCCGAGCGUCACUGUGCUCGCGGGGCUGAGGUCGGCUCAGGUGAGGUGGUCGCCCCGGAAGUGGCUGUGGCCGUAGCCCCUGGGUGUUGUAAGGAGCCUGCGGCAGAGUUGUUGUUAAGGGGGGCGGCAUCACCUCUCUUCCUCCACCUUCCCUGCAGCAGCCAUGGCGAAAGGCAGAGUCUCUGAACGAUCGCAGACGGCGGCACUCCACACGACCCCCGUGGGGGACAGGUCAGCGGGGACACGGGGUCUCACGGCGCAGAGCGGCGGAGACCACCUGAAGGAAAAAGCCUGUGCAGAAGCUGGGUCAGCAAGAAUGUCACUUCUUAUAUUGGUGUCCAUUUUCUUAUCUGCAGCUUUUGUUAUGUUUCUGGUAUAUAAAAAUUUUCCUCAGCUUAGUGAAGAAGAAAGAGUGAAUAUGAAGGUUCCCAGAGAUAUGGAUGAUGCCAAGGCUCUAGGAAAAGUUUUAUCCAAAUAUAAGGACACCUUUUAUGUACAAGUACUUGUAGCUUAUUUUGCUACAUAUAUUUUCUUGCAAACAUUCGCUAUCCCGGGCUCUAUAUUUCUCAGUAUACUCUCAGGGUUUCUUUAUCCUUUUCCGCUAGCCUUAUUUCUUGUUUGUUUGUGUUCGGGACUCGGUGCCUCAUUCUGCUAUAUGCUCUCCUAUUUAGUUGGGAGGCCAGUUGUAUACAAAUACCUAACAGAGAAAGCAGUAAAAUGGUCACAGCAGGUUGAACGUCAUAGAGAACAUCUCAUUAACUACAUUAUAUUUUUGAGAAUAACACCAUUUCUGCCUAAUUGGUUUAUUAAUAUUACAUCCCCUGUGAUAAAUGUGCCACUGAAAGUUUUUUUUAUUGGCACUUUUCUAGGUGUUGCACCUCCCUCUUUUGUCGCAAUUAAAGCUGGAACAACACUUUACCAGCUUACGACAGCCGGGGAGGCUGUUUCCUGGAACUCAGUAUUCGUUCUAAUGAUUUUGGCUUUUCUAUCCAUUCUGCCAGCCAUCUUCCAAAAGAAACUAAAGCAGAAAUUUGAGUGAGAAAUUAUCUGGGUUUUAGUUUUCCUAUCAUCAUCAUCAUUGUCAUCAUCGUCAUCAUCAUCAUCAUCUCAGGAUUGGCAGGUUUAUGUGUUAAAAUCACCUGUUAAGUAAUUUGAAAUGAGUUUGUAAAAUAUAAUUUCUGAUCACACAGUUAAAGUAAUGCAUGUAAGUGGCAAGGGAGGGAAGAAAGUAAAAAUAGAAAUUGAUGUACCAUGAAAAGUACUGUCAAUAGUUAUGAUAGACACCUUCUAAAUCACUACUUCAGGGUAGCUAUAGAUAAUUAGUAGCAGCACAGUAGGAAAUUCUUGAUCCAACUAAUUCAACUUAAUAUAUUUCAUGAACUGGCUCCACAUACUUACCCUUGACUGGAUAAUUUAGUAUUUUUCCCUCUUACUCCCUUAAUAAUAACUAAAAUAGGGAAAGCAAACACAAAAUAAAAAAACAUAGAUUCUACAUUUUUAAAAAGUAGUAUUAUAGUUCUUGCUAAUGUUAGUCUUUGUUAAGAGCAUAAACUUGAAAACUAAAGCUCAAAAAGAGAUUUACAUUUUCUUUUUUUAACUUUGAGGUAAUAGAUAUGUUUAGAAGCUGCAUGUUGGUAGAUUAUUGAAUUUGGAAAGGAUAUCAAGUUAUAUCUGUUUUCUAAAUUUAUUUUGUUUUUCCUGUUCUAGAUUAUCAUGGGUUAGUCUGAAAUUUAAAAUUCUGGCCAGUCUAUUUUCACCUUUUUUCUAGCUUUCACAGUAUUUCCACUGUGCAUAUGAAAAUGGUGAUUACAUGAUAAUUGUAUUAUAUUGGUGUUGAUAAUUUAUAUUUGGAUAAUAUUUUGUUACACAAUUCCCUUUACUGUCUCAGAGGGGAUCAAAGUAAACAUUCAAAGUAUGCAGUUUUUAGGUGAUAGAUUAAUUAUAUUACUUUAUAUUUUGAAACUGAAGCAGUGGCAGCAUAACACUUAACGUGGUUAAAUACAGUUUAUUUCAAUAACUGAAAAAUUUACCUCAUUUAUUUAUUAGUCUGGUCAUUAAAGUAUAUAUUAUGUAAUUAUCCUUUUUAUGCAUGAUACACUUACAAGAAUGCCUUGUUUCAUUUUUAUUGAUGGGUUUUUUGGUUGGGGACUGCUUUUGAUUAAUGUAAUUACCCAACUUAGUGUUUUUACUUUUUAUAACUCAAAGUAAAAUUAAAUUCUCACAUGGUAACUAUUAUAUUUAAAUGGUCCUAGAAAAACUAAACAGCUUUUUGCUGCUUAAUGGUAAUACCCUUGAAGUCUUGAUUCUAGGACAUAGCUGAUCUAUAAGGUAAAGUACUCUGUCAGUUUCACCUUCACCCAAGACUGUCACAUUGAAAAGUACUUUAGCUGUGGGAGAAAUCCUUGUAUGUUUUUAUUGUGAGAGGAAUGGUCAUCCUCAAAGCUUGUUUCUACUACAUAAUGUGGACUGAUUAUUUUUUCUAUCACAGUAUUAACAAAUGGAUUUAUUGUAAAUACAAAGAAAAUAUAUUAAUUAAUAUACUAUUCUUAUGUCACCUGGCCUUUUGUGUGUAAUUAUUUAUUGUCAUUUCUAGCAAGGUUUUUCUUCCUUCCUUAUUGACCAGAGAUUGAGUGAUACAGCUUUUGUUAUUUUUACAAAUGAACUUAAAACAUAAGUCUUUUUGAACAAAGUUCGCUAAAUAUUACUGUGUAAAAUGUAGUUGAGUACAUUUUUAUCAGACUUUUAAAAAUAAAAGUAAGACCUUGGACUCAGGAGAAACCUA